AUGUCGGCGGAAAACGAGUCUAGGAAGCGCGGCAAGAAGUACUUUGGCGGUGGCCAGUAUCACGCCAAACGCUGGAGGGGCUCCAGGGAGCUCGAGGUGGGCAUGCAGGGCAUCCUGAUAACAUGCAACAUGAACCAGAGGAAGUGCACGGCCGAGGCCUUCAACCUGCUCAGCGAGUAUGCCGACCAGCUGUAUGGACCCGAGAAGGUCAGUGAACGCACUGCACAAUUUGAAGAGGAUCCUAAAGGCUGCAACGGUGAAGAAGAAAAUGCAGAAGAGGAAGAAGAAGAUGUAGAGGAGGCGCUGAAGAAGGAAGUGGCGCAGCUACGGGCUAACGGCGGCAGGCAAGAACGACGUUUCCAGGCGCUUGAAAGUGGUGCCAACAAUGUCAUAUUCAUCAGGACUCGCAAUUUGGAAUCCGAUAGGUUGGUUCAUCACAUCUUGUCCGAUCUGCACGCAACCAAGAAAAAGAAGACACGUGUCAUCCUUCGCAUGCUGCCGGUAACGGGCACAUGCAAGGCCUUCCCAGAGGACAUGAUAAAGUAUCUGACCACCUUCCUGGAGCCCUGGUUCAAAAAGCCCAACUGCGCCACCUACCAGAUUGCCUUCAAAGCGCGCAACAACAGCCACAACAAGAGAGACGAUGUCAUCAAAGCCAUUGCCGGUCUGGUGGGCAAGCUGAACCCCAAAAACAAGGUGGACCUGACCCAGCCGGACCUCACCAUCAUCUUGGAGGUGAUCAAAUCCGUGUGUUGUGUCAGUGUGGUCCGCGAGUACAUGCGCUACAGGAAGUACAACCUGCAAGAAGUGGUUAAGGAGGAAGAGCCCAAAAAGGAAGAAGGUGGUACCAUAAUUGAAAAAGUACCUGCAGAACCUGCCAGUGAGGAGGAAGCGGCCACCAAGCAGGAAGACGACACUUUGACCGAAACCGCCAACGUCGUGGGCGACUGUAAGACGGAAGCAGCUAAGGAGGAGGAAGGCUGCACUGCAAAUGAAAAAGAAGCAGCAAAAAAGCAAGGCGACACAGUUUCCAAAACUGCAGCAGCAGAUGUUAGCGGGGAGGACCCUGCUGAGGAAGACAUGGAGGAAGAAUCUACAAAGCAGGACAAUGACAAUAAGGUUGAUGGAGAGUAA